AUGCAGUAUAGUAGUAGCACCAAAAUCUCCAUCUUUGUUGAUGCUACCACCACUUUAAAAAAAAAAAGAAAUUAAACACUGUAGCUUGUGGUUUGUGAUGCAUAAGUGGAAACAAGCCCAUUCAAACUAGCUGGCCAGACAAAGCCCCUACCGGCCCAUUACACAAGUGGAGAUGGAGAAGAAAGGAGGCAAGGCGAGGCUUCUUUAGGGCUCUGGCCUCCCGAACGCUGCGCCGCCUCCUCUCCCCCCUUCAGCUUCUUCUCCGCGGCGGCCGAGGGAGACGAAGAUGGUUGCGGCGAUCAGGGUACCCAAGACCCAGCGCGCCAGGCGGGAGCUCCUCAAGCACGCGCCCAAGCUCGUUGAAACUGGCAAGAAGACACUUAUCCUCCAUGGUACAAAGACUAGUGCAGUGUUGAACUCUGUGCUGUCAGAUAUCUACCACCUGAAGCGUGAUAAUGCUGUGAAGUACACCAAGAAGAAUGACAACAUUAGGCCGUUUGAAAGUGGUGGAGAAUCUUCUCUGGAGUUUUUCUCCCUCAAGACAGACUGCAGCCUUAUAGUGUAUGGUUCUCAUUCAAAGAAGAGGCCCAACAAUUUGAUUUUGGGAAGGACAUAUGACCACCACAUAUAUGACCUUGUUGAAGUAGGUGUUGAGAACUACAAAUCGAUGGAAUCUUACGUUUAUGAUAAGAAGCUCGCACCAAAACUUGGAUCGAAGCCUUUCUUUGCCUUCAUAGGGGAACAUUUUGAGAGUGCCGAAGAGCUCAAGCAUUUGAAAGAAGUGCUGCUUGAUCUUUUCAGAGGAGAGGUUGUAGAGAAUCUAAACCUUGCUGGUGUAGAUCGGAUCUAUGUGUGCACAGCAACCUCUCCUACUACUGUCUACAUGAUGCACUGUGCUCUGUGUCUAAAAAGGUCAGGCACAUCUAUUCCUAGAAUGGAGUUAGUUGAAGUUGGGCCUUCGAUGGAUCUGGUUGUAAGGAGACAUAGGCUUCCAGUUGAAAGUUUGAAGAAAGAAGCUAUGAAGACUGCUGACCAUGCUAAGAAGGUGAAGAAUGUCACCAAGGAUCCAGUGCAGGGCAGGCUGGGCAAGGUCUACAUGCCAGACCAGCAGGUUGGAAAGUUGGCCUUAUCGAACGACAUAAAGGGACUGAAGAGGGAGCGCCGUGAGGCCAAGAAAAACAAGGAGCACUCAAAGAAGCAAAAGGUCAACCCUGAGUAAAGAGUGCUUGUUGAUUUAUUUUUGUCUUUGGAUAUGGUCAGAUCAAGGGCUUUUGCUUGUAAUUGCUCCCAGUUGUCUGUGUUAGCCAAGUGGAAGCCACUUGCUGUUAGAAUUGAUACAGUCAGAUCAAGGGCUUUGCUUGUAACUGUUCCCAGUUGUUGUGUUAGGCGAAGCGGAAGCAACUUGCUGUUAGAUUGGUGGAAAGUAGUUUAGUGCCAUCUUCUUAGGCUAAGAACCUUUGUGGUGGCUUUCACAAGAAUAUUGUGUACCGCGCCACCACCUCAUCUGUCGGACAGAAGUGUGGAAAUUUUGAGCAGUGAUAGUAUUUUACAAUUAUUCUAUGCUUUUGGUCAAAA